CAAGCGACCCAUAUCCGUCUCGUAAGUAGCCGUGUCCGCCGCUACAGCCGCCAGACCAUCGUCCCCGUCGGCAACUCGAUGCUGAUGCCACCCUAGGUGUGAGCUCUGCAAGCAGCGGAAAGUAUGCCCCCUCCCUACCGUGCUUGAGACUACAUCAUCGCCGACCGACAGCCUGCUGACCGGUACAGGUGAAAUGCGACCGUGGCCAGCCGUCCUGCGGGUGGUGCAGCCGCAACGGCGCGCUCUGCGAGUACAAGGAGAGAAAAAAGCCAGGACUGCGGGCGGGCUAUGGCCGCGAGUUGGAGCAGCGUCUGGACAAGCUCGAGGAAAGGCUACGGCUACACUCCGAGAUUCUCCAGUCGUUGACAUCGAACAAUAGUCCAGGGAGCGGGCCCGGGAGCGGUGGCACCAACCUGGCACAGCACGCCGCCGCCGCGAGCGUCAGGGGCAGCAACCAGAGCCUGCCGAGCGACCAUGGCACCCCUCGCGAAGCCAUGCCGCCCGUGUUUUCACGGCCGGGCCACGACACUAUCCGAACCCCGCAGGCGGAGACGGCGCUCUUCCUCCAAAAGCCGUCGACAUCUGUCGACUUUGGACUGUCGGCCGCGUCGGGACACGACGGCUUCCACGCCGUCUCUGGCAUCUCGCCGCGAAGCCACAUGCAGACGGCCAUGGCGCCGAGCGCCGCAGCGCAGGAGUACUAUGGGACUGGACCCGCCCAGCAUCUGCAGUCACCGUCUGCGACCACGCACCACUCGGGCCAGAUGGCAUCGGAGCAGGAACUCCCGCCGUAUGACUUGCUGUACGCCUUGGCAGACCUGUACUUCAAACACGUCAACACUUGGUGCCCGAUCCUGCACCGCAAGACCACGUUGGACUCUCUGUUCGGCCCGUCCAUGAUUGGCGAGGAGGAUAAGAUCCUGCUGCAUGCCAUCGUCGCGACCGCGAUGCGGUACUCGACCGACGUGCGGCUCACCGAGGAGAGCCGGCAGCGAUACCAUGAUGCGUCUAAGCAGCGCGUGCUGCUCUACGGCAUGGAGCAUCUGUCGGUCAAGUCGCUGCAAGCACUGGUGAUCCUUGCCCUGGACCUCUGUGGCAGCAGCAACGGGCCGCCGGGCUGGAAUAUCAUGGCGCUCAUCACACGAGCCGUGGUGCAGCUGGGGCUGACGGUCGAGAGCAACUCCUUCUCGGUUGCCCCGAACUUCACGUCGAUCUACACGCUGCGCGCCAUGAUCCUGCCCGAGCCCCGCGACUUCAUCGAGGAGGAGUCGCGACGACGGCUCUUUUGGAUGGUGUACUUACUCGACCGAUAUGCCACCAUCGCGACGGCCUUCGAGUUUGGCAUCGACGACCGCGAGAUCGACCGCACGCUGCCGUGCCGCGACGACCUUUGGAUGAAGAACCAGAAAGUCGAGACGCGCUGGUUCCGGGCUGCCGAUGUCAAGCACGACAACCUCUGCGGCAACGGGUCCGAGCACGAAGUCGACAAGCCCGAGAACCUGGGUACAUUUAGUUACUACAUCGAGAUCCUCGGCAUACUGUCCAAAAUCCACAAGUUCCUGAAAGAACCCGUCGACAUCAGCGCGCUGUCGGACGUCGAGACCUGGCAGAUGCGCUACAAGGAGCUUGACAACAUGCUGGCGGCCUGGAAAUUCGGCCUGCCGGGCGAAUACGGCAACAUGGCCAAACUCUUCCAGCCCGCCUCGGCCAAAACCAUCAACUGCGGCUGGGUGAUGCUGCACGCGACGUACCACACGGCCGUCAUCCGGUUGCACUCGUCCGCCGCGUACCCGACCACCCGCUCCCCGAUCUUCACGCCGAGCUACUCGGCCUCGCAGCGCUGCCACGCCGCCGUCGAGAACAUCUCGGCGCUGUGCGAGUUCGUCGUCAACAACAACCUCCUCUGCAAGCUCGGCCCGCCGUUCGCUUUCACCCUCUGGGUCGCCGCCCGCGUGCUGCUCGUGCACGGCAGCACCGUCGAGCGCAAGCUCAGCCCGCAGAUCGGCCCCUUCGUCGACACGCUGCGCGAGAUGGGCCGGUACUGGCCGGUCGCGGCGCGCUACUGCAGCCUGCUGAGCCGCGUGCUGGACGAGCACCGCGACAGCGAGCAGCAGGGCGGCGGCCAGACGCCUAACAGCGUCCGGAUCCUGGCCGACAUGCGGCGCACGGCGUUCGAUCUGGACUUCCUGAUCAGUCGCCAGCCGCGGCAUGUGCCGCCCCUCCUCGGCGCGGGGUUGAAUGGGGGCAAUGGAGGCAGCAAUGGCGGGGGGAACGGAGGGUGGCAGAGCCGGUUUGCGAGCGUCACGCCUGCGUCGAGGACGCCGGCGCCCAACGACCUGGAGUAUCUGGACGUCUUCGACUUCUUUAACGUGCCACGACUGCCGGUGGGUCCCGGCACGGGCGCAGCCGCGGAUGGGAACGGGAACGGGCUGGACGCGGGUAGCGCGAACGGGACGGUGCCGGGCGAGUUUAACAUUACAGAUUUCAUGGUGGAUGCGAACCGGGACUGGCUGUUUCAGCAGGGGGAAUCUAAGUUUUUGAGUUGAUGGGAAGGUCAGGGCUGGAGUUAGGACUGGGUGGGAAUGGAAAAAGUAACUUUUGAUAUCCUAUGUGAGGCGCAGGCGCGAUGUAUUCUCAUUUUAUGGUAUAUCGAUUGAAAAUGCAGUAAUAUAGGCAUGAUACCUUGUCGGGGUUAUCAAUGUUUCGCCCCC